AUUGCACUGCAGUUGCAGCACUCACCCCCCCUGCUCUCUCUCUCUCUCUCUCUCUCUCUCUCUCUCUCUCUCUCUCUCUCUCUGUGAGCUGGCCAGCAUUCAUCGUCCCUUGCUUGUUCAUCUUCUCCUCUCCUCCUCGCCAGCCAGCCGGCCGGCUAGCCAUUUUCUUGCUUGCCGGCUUUUCUUGAUCCGACGAUCUUCCACCGAAUGGGCCACCGUAUCUUCCUCCGCUCGCUGGCGCUUCUCCUGAUCAUCAGAGCCGCGCAUGCCACAGGCCAUGGCGUCCAAGCUGCUGCCGUCACCCUGCAGGGCAUGGGUGGUGGCGUGGGGAGCAAUAGCAUGAUGAGGACCAUGGUCGGGUCGAGGCCGCCGAUCUGCGCGGGGAUGUGCUGGUGGUGCGGGGGCCGCCGCUGCGUGGCCGUCCAGGUGCCCAUCACGCCGCAGCAGGACAACAAGAAGAUCCCCUAUCAUCGUGCCCAUGGUGGUAGAGGAGGAGUAUCGUCUUCGUCGGCGCUGAUGCAGAAGAAGAAGGCGGCGGCGUCGUACGACGACCGCUCCAACUACAAGCCGCUGAGCUGGAGAUGCAAGUGCGGGGGCCCCUGAUGUUCCUUUUAUUUGGUUAUAUAUAGCUAGCGCUGCGGCAUGCACGCAGUCUCUUCGAUCGUGUGAUUUGCUAGUGAGUUUAAUGAGACUGAUGCUUAGCUAGUGUUUUGCCUGCCUGGUGUUAAGUUGGUGAUAUGCAUGGUUACGAAUUGAAUCAACGUUCCUCUUUGCUUU